GGAGCUGACAGAAACUGAACACUCUCCGCUCUCCUCCGUCCACUAUUACAAAUCUAAUCAGAGCUCCCCGUCUCGUUCCUCACGGCGCGUGCGGCGGGGUCUCGCGGAACCUUUGUGUCCUGCUCCUCUUUAAUUAUUCGGAAAGUGUUUUAAUACAAGGACAUAUUCUGUGAUAGGAGCCCGCUGCCGCGAGCAUGAACUCGACAAGAAAUUACACACCAAACAUGAUCAUUCUGAUUCUGGCCGUAUUUGCUGUCGUGUGGAUGGCACGAGGACAAGGUUCUUUUAUGGACAGGAGGUUAGCAGUCACCCAAAGAGGAGGUCAGCUGGAAGCAGAGGACGGGUCCAAUCCAUAUCACACCACACAGGACACAGAUCGAGGACUGCCCCUGUUCACAACAGCUCCCCCUUACAGUGGCCUCGACCACCAUCCGCCUUUUAAGCCUUACCCGCCUUACAACCCUCGGGGCCAAAGCCAUGUGCAGUAUUUUCAGGACAGCGGAGGGGCAGCUCACCAUCCCACAAUGCCAUCAUCUGAUUCCCAUCUCCUCCAGGAUCCAUCCACACAGCUGGUCCCACACAAGGAUGCACCUCCAUUCUCUGAUGUAGCAGUACCCAGAACCACCACACUAGCUCCAUCAGCCGCCGCCCUCACCCAGCCACACGUGCCCAACUUCCAACACAAACCUUCAGCAGAAACGCAGAGGAGAAGCAUGGAGGAGCCACCCGUGUCCAUCACCGUAGCGUCAGUGACCACCACUGACGUGCGCACAUCCACACUGCCUGCUUCCAAACAAUCAGACAGAGCAGAUGUUUCUCCAACCUUAAACAACGAGCCCAAAGAUACAACAAUCCUGCUGGAAAGAGACAAAGAAAAGUCCUCAAUACUCAAGGUAGAACAUGGCACUCCAGGAAGUGAUGUUGCUGUAAAAGCAUCAUUAAUGUCUGGGGAUUUGGAUGAGGAGACCACCACCUCCACCAUCAUCACCACAACGGUUAUUACAACCAUGCAGGCGCCAGCUCCAUGCAACACUAAUUUCACAUCGCCGGGAGGCUACAUAGAGACACUGCAGCGAGCCAGGAGUUGGUUCAAUACAGAUGUUGACUGCACAUACACCGUGACAGUCUACCUGGGCUAUGGGGUGGAAAUUCAGGUGAUGAACGUGAGCCUGGCUGAGGGUGACGUGGUCAGAUUUGAAGACCUGGGUGGCCGGGAACCUUCUGUGCUGGCCAACGAGUCCAUCUUGAUGAAAGGUCUGGUGAUACGCAGCUGGAGCAACCAAAUCUCCAUCCACUUCCGCAGCCGGCAGCCGCAGUCCAGCUCCUUUCUACUGCGCUAUCAAGCAUUUGUAUUGAGUUGCAACUUCCCAGAUAGACCAGCAUAUGGGGACGUGUCCGUCACCAGCCUGCAUGCAGAAGGAGAGGCCUAUUUCUACUGUUUCAAUGGAUACCAACUCCAGGGUCCCUCCACCCUCACGUGCCGCAAUGCCACCACACCCUACUGGAGUGGCAAAGUGCCGCGCUGUCUUGUGGCCUGCGGUGGAAUGGUGAAGAACACGACUCUUGGCCGCAUUGUGUCCCCUGGUUUCCCUGGCAACUAUAGCAACAACCUGACCUGCCACUGGGUGCUGGAGGCCCCUGAGAGUCAACGGCUGCACGUGCACUUUGAGAAGGUGGCCCUUGCGGAAGACGAUGACAGGUUUCUGAUUAAAAACGGCAACCACAUUGAUUCGCCGAUUUUGUACGAUUCGUACGAGGUGGAAUACCUUCCAAACGAGGGAAUCGUUAGUUCCACCAGACAUCUCUUUGUGGAGUUUACGACGGAUGGAUUCGGCACCAACACAGGAGUAGCCAUCAGAUAUGAAGCUUUUGCAGCAGGGCACUGCUACGAGCCAUUCGUCAAGUACGGCAACUUCACCACCACUGACAGCACCUACGCUGUGGGCACGGUUGUGGAGUUCACCUGUGACCCCGGAUACACCCUGGAGCAGGGCUCUGUUAUCAUCGAGUGCAUGGAUCCCAGCAACCGUCAAUGGAAUGAGACUGAGCCCGCCUGCAGAGCGGUUUGCAGUGGAGAGAUCACAGAUUCAGCUGGGGUGGUUUUGUCUCCAAACUGGCCUGAAGCCUAUGAUAAGGGUCAGGACUGCAUCUGGGGAAUCCAUGUUGAAGAAGACAAGAGGAUCAUGCUAGACAUCCAAGUUCUUCACAUGGAAAAAAACGACCUGCUGACAUUUUACGAUGGAGAUGACCUGACUGUGAAGAUACUGGGCCAGUACAGCGGUUCCCGUCCUCGGUUCAAACUCUACACCUCCAUGGCUGAUGUGACCAUCCAGUUCCAGUCAGACCCGGCUACCAACAUCUACGGCUACAACAAUGGCUUUGUGGUGCACUUUUUCGAGGUUCCCCGUAAUGACACCUGUCCAGAGCUUCCGGAGAUCUCCAAUGGCUGGAAGACCACAUCUCACCCUGACCUGGUGCAUGGCACAGUGGUGACCUAUCAGUGUUACCCGGGCUUUGAGGUGGUGGGCACCGAAAUGCUCAUGUGUCAGUGGGACCUGACCUGGAGCGGAGACUUGCCUAGCUGUGAAAGAGUCCUGUCAUGCCCAGAUCCAGGCACGGUGGAGCACAGUCGCAGGGUGAUGUCAGGCCCGCGUCUCAUCGUGGGAUCUACUGUCCAGUACAUCUGUAACAAAGGUUACUCGCUGUCAGGAAACAGUCUCCUCUCCUGCUACCAUCGUGACUCCACCGCCCCCAAGUGGAGUGAGAAACUGCCAAAAUGCAUUCCUGAUUCGUAUGAGCCAUGUAGGAACCCCGGCACUCCUCCCUAUACCAUUCAGAGCUCAGGGAAGCAUAUGUAUCAGGCUGGAGAAACUGUGCACUUCUCCUGCAUGAGUGGGUAUGAGCUCCAGGGUGAGCCUGUUCUCCGCUGUGUCCCCGGGCAUCCUUCCAAAUGGAGCCAUCCACCCCCGCUGUGCAAAGGUACGGUAGCACUGGAGUACAUAGAUGAACGCAGACUGGAUGUGGCCAGUGCAGACUUCAGUAUGGAGGGAGCCAGUGUGGCUGUUUCCAUUUUUAUCCCAGUGGCCAUAAUCAUAAUUAUCAUCAUGUCAAUAUAUUUCUACUUUUCAAGGGUGCAAGGCAAGUCUCUACGACUCUCCAUGUCCACAUCACCACAAUAUGAUCACAUCAGGGGAGAGUCAGCUUUUGAAAACCCCAUCUAUGAGACUACAGAUACGAGAGAAUACGAAGUCUCCAUUUAAAUCAAACAAUGCUUGUUUUAGCAUGGAGAACUGCAAGCCUUUCUCUGCCUUGUGGAAGAUCUCUCAGUUCCUUUCACAUCUUGUGUAGCCAACUCUGCUCUUAAUCUCACCUACCUUCUCAUCUUUUUCCAUCUGCUGUAAAUAUCUCCUUGCUUCUGAGGACUUCCGCAAGCGAAGAGUGUGGACAACAUGAUAUUAUUUUUGUAGAGCUUCAAUAGCCAUGGCCUAGCAGAAUUGCUUGUACAGUUUUUACCCGUAACUGAGCCAAAUUAAGGAAAAUAAAUAAAAAAUCACGGAUAAUAGGGGAGUCCAUGUGAUUUAGGUGACUGUCUCUCUAAACAGAUUUAUUUGUUUAUUUGUUUACAAAUUGUAGCACCUUUGCACUUACAACCCUUCCUACCCCCUCUCAAAAAAAAAUCACAUGUAAAUUUACAUUGUAUCACAAGUACAGGAAAUACUUGCAGUUGUGAAACCUAAACAAAAUAAUCUAAAUUCACAUUGAAAUAUAAAGUAAUUAACAAUAUACAGUCGCAAUUAUGGGAAACAAUUACCUGUUAAUUUUCAGGCAGAAAUGGCUUUCCAUAGCAAUGAUAUAAACUACCGUUCAAAAGUUUGGAGUCGGUAAGCUUUUUUUCAUGUUUUUGAAAGAA